AAGAAACGUAGCUAAUAUAACAAUCAAAACUUUUGCAACUUUGAGAAGGAGGGUGAAGUUGGUAUGAGCAACAAUUUCACACCCCCCAAUGGGGAUCGAAGAAGUGGACGCGAUCAAUAUGGUUUUGGUAACCACACUGGCUGGAGUUAUCCCUCGUCAGGUCCCGGUCCCAUGUUUCCUCGAUUCUCUUCCUCUCAGCCUAUGCUUCCGGAUGGAAGUAGAGGUGCUUAUGGUCCAUGGAGAGCAACAGAGGAGACUGUCCUACCAGCACCUUUCGGUUUCAUGGGUUUUCCAGGGCAACCACGGUCCCCUAUGCAACUUCUCCUCCUGGAUAGCCUAGGAAGAGACUCUGCUCCAUGGGUAUUAGGCCCUGGGAGUUUCCAGGGAUCUACUUCCACAGAGGAAGACUCCAAAUUAACCCAAGACGAGCAAAAGAAGGCAUUGAAGAAGCUGAAAAAAGAAAUGUAUAAUCCUGUGCCGAAGAGAUUAACUAGUAGGCUGUGCCUGUAUUACAGAGACCAAGCUCCAAAUAUAGUUAAUGAAAGGGCAAGGGAGAAAGAAGAGGAUGGGAAGAGGUGUGCAGUUUGCUUAGAAGACUUUGAGCCUAAAGAGAUAGUGAUGCUGACUCCAUGUAACCAUAUGUUUCAUGAGGAAUGUAUUGUGCCUUGGGUGAAGAGUAAUGGGCAGUGCCCGGUUUGUAGGUUUGCACUUUGUGACAGGAUUAGAGGAAGCAGUUCGGGAUCCUUCAACAUCCCAAAUUUACCACCCAACAAUGAUCAUCUUUCAGCAGAUCUACUUUCAAUCUUAAGAGCAAUGGGAGCCAUGUAAUACUUGUUAUGCCACACUUUCAUAUUUAUCCUAUAUUGUAGAAAACUGUAAUUGUUGUUUUAUUAAUCUGUGAUGAGUAUAUACAUCAGAAUUCUAAGAUUA